CACCAUCACUCGCCGCGAUUCUCCCUUUUCGCCCAUCUUUAUCCGCUCGGCGAACGUUCUAUACAGAACAGCUUUGCUCUUACCACUCCGCGUCCUUUGUUGCUUUCUAGAAAACAUCCAUCAUGGCUGACCAGUUGAGCGAAGAGCAAAUCUCUGAAUUCAAGGAGGCCUUCUCGCUCUUCGACAAGGACGGCGAUGGCACGAUCACGACCAAGGAGCUCGGCACGGUGAUGCGCUCGCUGGGGCAGAACCCGACCGAGGCGGAGCUACAGGACAUGAUCAACGAGGUCGACGCGGACGGCAACGGCACGAUCGACUUCCCCGAGUUCCUCACCAUGAUGGCGCGCAAGAUGCGCGACACGGACUCGGAGGAGGAGAUCAAGGAGGCGUUCAAGGUCUUUGACAAGGACGGAAACGGAUAUAUCUCUGCUGCCGAGCUGAGGCAUGUCAUGACGAACCUUGGCGAGAAGCUCACGGACAGUGAGGUCGACGAGAUGAUUCGCGAGGCUGACGUCGACGGUGACGGCCAGAUCAACUACGAUGAGUUCGUCAAGAUGAUGUUGUCCAAGUAGACUCGUGAUCGGUCGAACGAACACGCGUAAUCGAAUAGUGUACAUACGCUCUAUUUUACCUCGUCUUGUGUCUUUAUCCGGAGGCGGCUUCCAUGUGACGAUUAGGCAGCAGAAAUGUAAAGAAUGUGAUAUCCGUUGUUUGUUUGCUUUUUCUCUUUUUUCUUCGUUUCGUUUCGUUUUUCGUUUGAUGUUCGGGCUGUCUGUUCAUUGCGUCAGGAGCUGUCAAGCAUGUUAGGAGCUAGUAGUGCUUUGGAUGCAUAGUCGUCUCGAGGCAGCGUCACUACGUCGUAUAGUCGUCAGCGGAGCGAGUCUGGAGUAGGUUUGUGCCGUGUACAGAUCAUUACAUUUGCA